GCCAAAAGCGUGCCAGGCGGCCCAUCUCCCCCUCUCGACCUUCCCUCCUUUCCUCCCUCUCCCACUGUUCCUCUAGCAUGCCCGGAGGCAGGCCGGGAGUCUUCCAAGUGCUCUCUGGCAACUUAUUCCGUCGUCAGCCAGUGGCUGUGUUGAUUUAAGUAAUUUAAGUGCUGACGGCGGUCUGCGUUACAAGUGCUGAUGCCAAAGGAAGAAGAUAGAGGUGAAGACAGUAAAGGAGAAAAGACAGUAGGAGGAGAAGGAGGAGAAGAAGGAGAAGGAAGAGGAGGAAAUAGCGAAGGGUCGGUGAGGCUUGAGCAACAAUCAGAGAAACCAAAGACAGAGGAAACUGUGGGUGUCGAAAGGCGAAAGGAAAUACAGUUAGAAGAGGAAGACUUAGGGAAACGCGUCACUGAGAAAAGGGCAGAGGACGAAGCGGCUGACACGGAUGAAAGAGGAGAGACAGAAGGAAGCAAUACAGGGCAAUGCACGGCGGAGGAGGACGCGACUGAGGGAGACAAGGACACGAGGUUAAGUAAAGCAGACAAAUCGACUGGAGAGACAGGACGAGUGGGGAACCCGUACUGGGGAGUGACGAGAGGGGGAGAGCUGCCCCCUUCCGUCAGUGCCUGCUUCGAAGUCACACCCUCCUUCCUGGCAAGGGUGCAGGGGCGUCUCCUCUCGCUGCUGGGGCGCGCCAAUAGGUACUGCCUUCCCCCUAGCAUCCCCGCGCCCCCUGGCAUGCCUUUGGAGGUGCUGCGGAGGAAGGUGAAGGAGGCGCGGCACAGGCUCUUCCACCACGCCCGCACCGCCCCCUCCAAGACCCCACAGAAGGACAAAUCCUCUGCCAGCGAGUCGAGCAGCGUGAGUGAAUCCUCGGCGCCAGCAAUGACCCCACGCGGGCCGGUGUGCUGCACGAGGAGGGAGGAGCCCCUGCAGAAGUACUGGGGCGGCGAGGAGGGCGGAGGGGGCGCCGGGGCAGAGGAGGAAAUCGAGCUUCUGCAACAAUUCCUUAACCUGCAGCACUUGGCGAGGUCCAGGAAGCACUCGGCGCAGCUCAGGAGGAUUCGAGACUCGCUCCUCCUGCAGGUUCGAAGUCGCCCCAACUCCAUGGUGGCCCCGCCUGACCCCACGCCCCCCCGCCCCCCGCAGGUCACCAAGAACGACCGGCAGCAGCUGAGGGACUUCCUGCUGGAUAUUGGUUUCGUCCAGGACUACUCCAUACUCAACCGACAUGGGUACGACUUGGCCACGGCGGCGCACAUGGACGCCCUGGACCUGGCCGGGGCGGGCGUCACCGAGCCGCUGCACAGGAUGGCCCUCAAGCACGAACUGAACCUGGUGCAGCGCCCGCCACAGAUACCCGAGGAGGUGCCCGAGACGGUGGACAAGUGGCUGGAGGAACUCGGGCUGACGGAUUACGUGGACAACUUUCACCUGAACGGGAUCUACUGCCCUUUGGCGGCGAUCAACCUCAACAAGCGAGACCUCCAGCUGAUGGGCGUCUACAUGCAAGGCCACAGAAAGAAGAUCCUCCUAUCCCUUGCGGCGAUAAAGGAAUCACUUUUUAGGCGAUAAUAAGCGACGAAAAUGACGUGGCGGCGUGAGUGCGCGGGACAACCUGAGAGACCAAACUUAAGGGGCUAUUACACUGGACAAAUUUUCCGUGGAUCUUCAGUCAAACCACGAUUUCCGCUAGCGUGGUUCUCAUUUGUUUCUUGUUAUUGCUGCUGCUGAUGAUGGUGAGUAAUACCGUCGUCCUUCGUUAAAAUCUACCGUAGCUUUGGAAGAUCGUGGACACGUCAGAAAACCACGGAAAUAUGAGAACCACGCCAGCGGAGAUCGUGGUUUGACUGAAGAUCCACGGAAAAUUUGCCCAGUGUAAUUGCCCCUUUAAACGAUUUUUUUUUUCCCCGCUUUCGAGUUCUUCAUAUCAUUAGUUGUUAGUUGACGUACGAUAUAUGCACACUUGUAGUAUAAGCGAAUCCGUUCUGAAUAGACUAAUUAUGAUACCCUGACAUGACGUUAAUAAGUCGAAAAGGUGUAAUUUGGUAGUUAGUUCUGAGCGGAGUCAAAUGGGGCAUAAAUCAUCCACUCAGAGAAGACUGACACACAUUUGUCCCAACUUUAAUUACGGUCAUGCUUUUAAACAUUUCGGUGUCCAAGUGCCCACGUUUGACAAGGCUUUCGUAGGAGUUUUGGGAAUUUCCAGGGGUAGUUUUAUGACCCUGGUGGUUGUUUGACCGUUUUUCUGCACAAUGAACCUAACAAAAUACUCAUUAGGACCCGAUUGAUUUCCUUUCCGGCCUGUGGAUGUGAGAGGCUGAAGCAUCUGAGAAUACCUUAAUAAGCUGUACCUUUAACCGUGUGUUGCUCCUGCGUGGAAACCUGAAACAAGUGACGGAAAUGCAUGAGGUCGUUGGGCUCGGUAAUGAUAUACAUCGUUCAAGAAGUAGUUAAUCAAAGCGAGCAUAACCAAUGAACAAAUGCAGAAGACUUGUAUAAAGAGAUAUAUGCACCGAAAUCAAAUGGAUAUUUUAUCCUUUUUUUUUUCAUGUCUGAUGGUCUGAGGGGCGACAUCUUGUUGUUAGCGCAGGCUCGGUAUCUACAGGAUCUCACUGAGGGAGCUGAACCAUUACGAAGAAAAAAGAAAUUGGGUCUAGCUGGGAAAUAGUAACCAGAAUUUCCUGCCCGUUCAGUGUUAUCUGGAGGCUGCAUGGCUAAGUGCAUCAAUGAAUACAAAGAAUCUCGAGGUAAAUGUGAUGCAAGGGACGCAAGAUGAAUCAUUGUUAUGCUGUCACGUGGGUCGUCCUCUGCUGUGACACGAUAAUCACGGGGGUGUUGCGCUAGACUCCAUGUGAUGCAAAGGGAAUCAUUGUUAUGCUGUCACGUGGGUCGUCCUCUGCUUUUGACAUGUUAAUUUCUAAGGAGUGGCGCGCUAGACUCCGUGGGAAAUAAAUAAUGAAAACAAGUUGGAGUAAAGGAGUUCUGGACAGUCAUGAUGGUCCACCUUAAAAUGACGAUUACUGUCCCGUGUGAUUCCACUUUAUUUGUACAGAAUGCUUGUGAUAACGGCCUUUGUGGCAAGUGAUAUUUAAGAGAUGUACUAUUAAAUUUCAGUUGUCGAA